AUGUUAAUGACAGUCAGUGGAAAAUAUUAUAAUAACUUUCAAAUACAAAAGUAUUUAUUAAGAAUACUUAAUCAAAUUAUUAGUAAUUUAACUAGUAAAGAAAAUAAAGAAAUUAUUACUCAAUAUUAUUUAAAUCGAAUUCAAGAAUCAGAAGGAGAGAUAAAAGAAUUAUUAUAUAAUGGAAUAUAUUAUUGCACUAAACAAAGUAUCAAUAACACCGAUUUUGUUAAUACAAUUCUCCAAAUUAUUGGUGAAGAAUUAAAAGAAGAUAAAGAAAAUAAUUCAAUUGUCAUUAGUAAUUGUUUUGGAAUAUUAAAUAAUCUUCAAGAACAACAAAUUGAUAUUUUUAUAAAUUCAACAAUCAUUGAUAACAUUAUUCAAUUAACUAUAAAAUAUAUGAACGAUAUUGUUAUUCAAAAAUAUGGAAUACACUUACUUCGAUUAUCAAGUUUUCACGAUAAAUUUUAUUGUAAUGAAUCACUACUUUCAAUUAGAAAAUCUAUUACAUUAUAUAAAACAGAUAAUCAAAUCCUUGAAGAUAGUUGUGUUAUUUGUUAUAAUUUAUAUUUAAAUGAAGAAGAUAUCGAAAAGAAAGAAAACAUAAAAACAGUUGUUAAUUUAAUCAAAGAAACUAAUUCAACUAAUAAAAUCAUUUAUGCAAUAUGGUAUGCAUUAUCAAACCAUCUUACUUUGAACUUUGUUCAUUGA